AUGGGGUCCGUGGAUCUGAUUGCCUCCUGCAUCGACUCCAUACGCCAGAUUGGAGAUGAGAUUGCAGAUUCAAUAGUGUAUAUUGACGCGGGCACCUUGGAGGCGUUUCAGUUCAUAGGAGGCUUCCCCCUGCUUCUUGAACUCGGUGCUCGUGCUGUGUGCAGCUUGGAGAAUGCGUCCCCUCUCGAUGCUGCAGCUGACUGGCAAUCAAGUUUUUCUAAUCCACCAAGGAAGAUCAUAGUGCUGACAUCACGCCUUCUCAGUGAUGCACAUCGGUAUAUUUUGCGAUGUCUGAGCAACCAUGGAACCGUUUCACAUUGUACUGUACUGACAGCUAUUUCAGAGAUUGGACACUCAGCAUAUGUUGAUUCUCCACUCGGGACAGAUGCGUUUCGGGAAUAUGAAACCUUACUUAUUCAGGACCAUGAUGAGCUUCUUAAGAAGUAUGAGAAGUUAGACAGACAUAAAGAAAACAUUCAUAAAACAACGAGUGAUUUCACCUCUGACGCUGAUGAUUAUUCUAAGUGGGGUUCUGGGGUGCAUUAUGGCUCUAAUUCUGAAUCCAGCCCAACGAAAAGGGAUUUUUUUGAUGAUGACAUGGGCCAGGUAGAAGCAAGAGGGAGAAGGUUGUCUGUAGCUGCGCGUCACUUUCCGAUGAUUUUCUCUCCUAUUUCCUCAAGGGUUUUUGUUUUGCCCUCUGAAGGCAUAAUUGCUGACUCCAGCCUGUCGAAUCAUCAUGAAGAUUCCCUUGGCCCUGGUUUACCCUCCAUAUCUACUGGUAAACCUUUUGAUAGUGACGAGGUACCUCCAGGAGUGACAUUGACUGCUCAGUUCCUGUACCAUUUGGCCAAUAAGAUGGACCUAAAGCUUGAUAUAUUUUCACUUGGUGAUACAUCGAAGGUCAUUGGAAAGCUGAUGAUGGAUAUGUCAAGUCUAUAUGAUGUUGGUCGCAAUAAGAGAUCUGCUGGUCUACUGAUCGUAGAUCGUACAGUUGAUCUCCUAACUCCUUGCUUCCAUGGUGACUCAUUCCUUGAUAGGAUGCUAUCCUCGUUGCCGCGCAAGGAAAGGAUGUCAUCCAAUUCUGCAGCGAAAAAUCCACAAACUCCAAGCAAGCAUUCUCAAGGCACCAUUAAACGUUCCCCACUGGAUAUAAAAGUUCCUUUUGAGACAAUCUUUAGCAAGGAAGAACCAAAUAUUAGGAGCAGUGUGUUAUCUGAAGGUUUCAUGUCAUUUGCGUCAGGAUGGAACUCUGUUGAUGUUGACUCUGAAGUUAGCUGGUUACCUGAUUACGCUGAUAAAGCACAUGAUCACGUACUUGGCUGUGAAUUUGACACUAUAAGUGGCUCAUUCCUAUCCAAUUGUGCUGGAGUACACUACUUAGAAGCAUUACUAGACAGAGGAGCAAAAGAUGGGUUAGUGCUGAUUAAAAAAUGGCUUGUCGAAGCCUUGCAGCAUGGGAAGCUAUCCUCUGCAUCUAAAGGUCGACAAGGAGCCACUUCUGUUUCAGAGAUUCGCUCUAUGGUGCAAAUGCUUUCUAGAGACCAGUUAUCAUUGUUGAAAAACAGAGGUGUUAUCCAGUUAGCACUAGCUGCUGAAAUGACUCUACGGGAGCCUCAAAGUUCUCGCUGGGACGCCUUUACAAGUGCCGAGAGAAUAUUAAGUGUGACAUCUGCAGAGACAACUCAAAGUCUUGCCAUGAACUUGAAGCUAAAGCUAGAAUCUAAGGAUGGUGAGAGGAAUAAAAACUCAAGUGAGGCAGCACCCAGUACUGACGAUUUUGAUGACGAAUGGGGCACCUGGGAUGACAGUGAUAAUACUGAUCACCAAAAGGAGGAAGCUUAUGGGGACAUGCAACUUAAGUUGGAAGUGCGAGAUAGGGUUGAUCAGCUUUUCAAAAAAUUUCACAAAUUAUCCAGUAUGAGGUUAAGAAAUCAAGCCCUUGGUGAAGGUCUAGCAGCACUAAGUAGAUUCGAGACUGACGGCUACUCGAGGAAAUGCUUGCUUUAUAAGUUACUAUUAGCUCUCUUGUCGAGGUAUGAUGUACCUGGCCUCGAGUAUCAUUCAUCAACUGUUGGUCGCCUAUUCAAAAGUGGAUUAGGUAGAUUCGGGCUUGGACAGUCUAAACCAACCUUCGGCGAUCAAGCUGUUCUUAUCGUUUUUGUUCUGGGAGGUAUUAAUACUCUUGAGGUCCGGGAAGUCAUGACUGCAAUCUCAGAGAGCAGUAGACCGGAUGUGGAGCUUAUUCUUGGUGGGACAACCCUUCUUACUCCAGAUGACAUGUUCGAGCUGAUGUUGGGCUCAUCGAGCUUUGCUUAG